AUGGAGAUCGCACCGGUGGUGCCGGCGUCUAACCAUGUCGGAGACGCAGGACCUCCUGCUGCAUCAACUGCGCAGGGGGAUUCUGCUGUUUUAGCUUCCUCUUCUUCAAGUUCAGGUUCGUCUCCCUCGUCUUCGCCAUCGUUAUCGGUGCUCAGCAACAGCAUGGCGGCAGCUGGCAGGUUCGAUGAUGACGAUGACGAGGAGGACGUUUGCAGGAUCUGCCGGAACCCUGGUGACUCCGAAAAUCCUCUCCGUUACCCGUGCGCUUGCAGCGGAAGUAUUAAGUUUGUUCAUCAGGAUUGCCUCCUUCAGUGGCUCAAUCAUAGCAAUGCAAGGCAGUGCGAGGUUUGCAAGCAUGCAUUUUCUUUCUCUCCUGUUUAUGCGGAAAAUGCUCCGGCAAGGCUUCCAUUUCGGGAGUUUGUUGUUGGAAUGGGGAUGAAAGCAUGUCAUGUCCUACAGUUCUUCCUGCGCCUCAGUUUUGUGCUGUCUGUCUGGCUUCUCACCAUUCCGUUCAUUACGUUUUGGAUUUGGCGAUUGGCUUUUGUUAGAAGUUUUAGUGAAGCACAGAGGCUAUUUCUGAGUCACGUGUCUACCACAGUUAUUCUCACUGAUUGUCUGCAUGGAUUUCUUCUCUCUGCAAGCAUCGUGUUCAUAUUUCUUGGAGCAACUUCUUUGAGAGAUUACUUCAGACAUUUACGAGAGCUUGGUGGUCAAGAUGCGGACAGGGAGGAUGAAGGAGAAAGAAAUGGAGCCCGUGCUGCGAGGAGGCCACCUGGUCAACCUAAUAGAAAUCUUGCAGGUGACGGGAAUGGUGAAGAUCCGGCUGGGGGCCAAGGAAUCGGUGGUGCCGGUCAGAUGAUCAGAAGGAAUGCAGAAAAUGUGGCUGCUCGUUGGGAGAUGCAGGCUGCUCGUCUUGAGGCACAUGUUGAACAGAUGUUUGAUGGUCUGGAUGAUGCUGAUGGAGCUGAAGAUGUACCCUUUGAUGAGCUUGUCGGCAUGCAGGGACCUGUUUUCCAUCUCGUUGAAAAUGCAUUCACUGUUCUUGCGAGCAAUAUGAUAUUUCUUGGAGUUGUUAUAUUUCUGCCUUUCUCCCUUGGACGUAUAAUAUUAUAUUAUCUGUCAUGGCUUCUGUCCUCUGCUACUAGCCCGGUUCUGUCAACAGUUGUUCCGCUCACAGAAUCAGCCCUCUCCCUGGCUAAUAUUACAUUGAAAAGUGCAUUGACUGCUGUUGCUAAUUUGACUUCAGAUGACCAGGAAAACGGAUUACUUGGCCAGGUUUCUGGAAUGUUGAAAGUAAAUGCAACAGGGUUAAAUGAGGCUUCAAGCAACCUUACUACUUCAAUUUCAUCUGACUUGCUCAAGGGACAAGCUGUUGGGCCUUCACGCCUAUCGGAUGUUACAACCCUUGCUGUGGGUUACAUGUUUAUUUUUUCUCUCAUAUUCUUCUACCUUGGCGUGGUUGCAUUAAUUCGGUAUACCAGAGGAGAGCCUUUAACCAUGGGCAGGUUCUAUGGUAUUGCUUCAAUUGCUGAGACUAUUCCAUCAUUGCUACGGCAGUUUGUUGCUGCGAUGAGGCACCUAAUGACAAUGAUAAAGGUCGCCUUCCUUUUGGUGAUUGAACUCGGGGUUUUCCCUUUAAUGUGCGGCUGGUGGUUAGAUAUUUGUACAAUCAAAAUGUUUGGGAAAUCUAUGACCCAGAGACUGGAGUUCUUUUCCGUUUCUCCGCUGGCUAGCUCAUUGGUUCAUUGGGUUGUGGGAAUUGUUUACAUGCUGCAAAUUAGUAUUUUUGUCAGCCUUCUUCGCGGGGUUUUACGAAAUGGAGUACUUUACUUCCUUCGAGAUCCGGCUGAUCCAAACUACAAUCCAUUCAGGGAUUUGAUUGAUGAUCCUGUUCACAAGCAUGCUCGUAGAGUUUUGUUGUCUGUUGGCGUUUAUGGUAGCUUGAUUGUAAUGUUGGUGUUUUUACCUGUUAAACUUGCCAUGAGAAUGGCUCCCUCAAUUUUUCCCCUUGAUAUAUCGGUUUCCGAUCCCUUCACUGAGAUUCCUGCUGAUAUGCUGCUCUUCCAAAUUUGCAUCCCCUUUGCUAUUGAGCACUUCAAGCUGAGGACAACUAUGAAGUCUCUCCUCCGAUAUUGGUUUACUGCAGUUGGUUGGGCACUUGGUUUGACAGAUUACUUACUUCCAAGGCCCGAGGAUAAUGGUGCUCAUGACAAUGGAAAUGGGGAGAUUGGGAGGCAGGAUAGAGCCCUGCUGGGGCUGGCUCCGGAGGAAAUGAACAGAGCAAGGCAUCCAGUCGUAGCAGAUGCCACUUUGGCUGAAGAGCUUGAAAAUGAGGAGCACUCAGAUACAGACCGGUGCAGUUUUAUCCUUCGCAUUGUUUUGCUAUUGAUUGUGGCUUGGAUUACUCUCCUCAUCUUUAACUCUUCCCUGAUUGUUGUACCUGUCUCUCUUGGACGAAUAUUGUUUAAUGCCCUUCCUCUUCUCCCUAUAACACACGGAAUAAAGUGCAAUGAUCUAUAUGCAUUUGUGAUUGGAAGUUACGUCAUUUGGACUGCUUUUGCUGGGGUGAGGUACUCAGUUGAGCAGAUAAGAAAAAGGAGGGCCUCGGUUUUGAUGAAGCAAGUUUGGAAAUGGUGUGGCAUUGUUACGAAGAGUGUUGCCCUUCUAUCAAUAUGGAUUUUCGUCAUUCCUGUAUUGAUUGGACUGCUUUUUGAACUGCUGGUCAUUGUACCAAUGCGCGUGCCUGUGAAUGAGAGCCCAGUUUUCCUAUUGUAUCAAGACUGGGCUCUUGGAUUGAUCUUUCUUAAGAUCUGGACCAGACUGGUGAGUGUCAUAUUUUGCAUUCUGACAUGUGGUUGGUAAUUUUGUGAAGCGAUCUUUUUUUUGAAGUGUCAGCGCUUAGGAUCUACUGUUAAUCAAUAUGCAGUUGUUUGAGUUCAAAAAACUUUAUAGCAAUGCUAAUGGAAUUAGAGAAGAGAUGUAACUACUAAUUUUGAAGCUGAAAAUAGUACGCCUUUGACAAGUUCAAUAGAGCAAUAUGACAUGCUUUUUGUUUUGAUUUUCUUGCUGCGUGUUUGGUUUUGCAUCUUCUUAAAACGAAAUGGGAUGUUACCCUGAGGUACCAGUAUAUAUGUGAACGUGGAUCAUGUUCAAGUGAUCUUACUUGUUUACACCUCUGAUUUUUCUUACCCACAGGUUACCCUGGAUCAAGUUCUGCCAUUUGUGGACGAGAGUUGGCGAUUAAAAUUUGAAAGAGUCAGGGAGAACGGUUUUUCUAGGCUGCAAGGAUUAUGGGUGCUCAGAGAGAUAGUCUUUCCUAUUAUUAUGAAGUUGCUUACUGCUUUGUGUGUUCCUUAUGUUUUAUCCAGAGGUUUGUUUCCCGUUUUUGGGUACGCUUUGGUAGUCAACUCAGCUGUAUAUCGAUUUGCCUGGUUGGGUUGUCUUGGUUUGGGUUUGUUGUGGUACUGUGCAAAGAGAUUCCAUGUUUGGUUCACAAACUUGCACAAUUCCAUACGGGAUGACCGAUACUUGAUCGGCCGGAGACUUCACAACUAUGGUGAAGGUGUGGAGCGACAAAAUGUAGCAGCCGGAGAUUCCUUGGAAGCAGCAAAUGCACAAAGCUCAAGCUUUAGUGAAAAUGAAAGGGUAGCUGUGGAUGUCGGGCUUAGACAGAGGCAUGUAGCACAACAAGAUGCCUAAUAAUCAAGAUUUAGUUGCUGACUUUGGCGUCUUUGAGGGUUGCUUAUGUAAAAUAUGAAUAUGAAGUCAUUUAUUCUUAAGAUCCUGUAUGCAAGCAUUUCCCUUUCCUUCCUUUUGAGGUGGGCGGGUUGGUUGUAAAUUGUGAAUAGAGAAAUAGUUGGUCUUUGGAUUAGUGCACAUGUGAAUUUUGCCGGAGAUAAUUAAAAUAGGGGCAUUGAGAUCUACAAGAAUAAUUUGAAGUGGAAUUUGUGUUUUGAAUCAUCUAGUAUAAAACGUAGGACUAUUUUUGACAUAGCAAUCUGAAAUUAGUUGUAUCUCCCACCUUUAAGCAAGCCGCUUUCUCUUUAGAUUGCUCACCAUACACGCAAUUAGCUUCCUAAUUUAUGUAAUCUUGCCCCAGUCACCCGAGUUCGAUUAUACUGUAAUAUUAAAAGUUGAGGCUCCUAGAGGUUAUCGACUGUAGUCAAUCGAUUAGUCCGUUAUAUACACAUUGGAGCUGUAGACUACGUACAUAAGAUGAGUCUACACAAAAGUUGCUUCACUCAGACCUUUGCCCCUGGGGUUGAUUUUAUAUAUACACUCCUGAACACAACUUCAAAUGUCAACAUUUCUUACCACCACUUACAAUAACCAAUGCCAAUUACUUUGCCCAAGAUUAGACCACUCAACCAAAAAAAAGCACAAAGGAAACCAAUAGCAAAAGGAGCAAAGAUUUAAGUUGCAACCCCAUUACAAAGAACUUGGAUUAGUCUCAAAACAAACUUGUCCAAAUCAAGGUGCACAUGUAAAAUGGCCGUCCAUAAGAUUCAAACUUCCAAGUAAACAUUAAGAAACUAAACCAUCAUUCAAGGUCAAGGAGGCCAAUUGGUCAGCUGGACAGCUUCCCUGCUGCUGUUGAGAAACAUUCCGUAAGACUUCCAUAGCCUCCGCAACUUUGGCUUUCAGAGCUUCGGGUGACUCGAGCAGGUGGAGAACCUCGGUCUGAUCCAUCUCCAAAAGCAUGCCAGUGACCUUAGCUGCUGUGUCAGGCUCCAACUGUUCAACCUGCGGGUAUAAAUUCUCACCCAACAU